AUGGGAGGACCGAUCACCCGAGAGGAGCUUGAAAGUGCUAUAGCUGCUCGCCCUAAAGGCCGAGCACCUGGAUCUGAUGACGUCGCAUACGAGCACAUCUCCGUAGCCUGGAAAUGUAACGGCCGUUGGGCUGCCGCUCUGCGCACGCUCAUAACAGCGAUCCUCCAGUUCCAAUAUUUCCCAAGCUAUACCUCUAUACUGGCUAUUACUCGCCUGGUCGAAGGGGUGCUGCGCAAGAAGAAGAAGAAGAAGAAGAAGAAGAAGAAGACUGAAUAG